CAGCAGCGCCGCCCGCGCCAGGGAACAGCUCGCGAUGGCUUGUUCCGUGGUGCUCGAGCGCCUCCGCGGCGACGCGGCUGUUCACAGUGGGACCAAAUCAUACGGCUGCGAACACUGUGGCAAGCAUUUCGGACACAAAUAUAUUUUAAGGAACCACAUACAAAACACACACUUGUCGACCGGACAUAAGCCAUUUGCUUGUGAUUUUUGUUGUUCUACGUUUUGCACCGAAUCGCUUGUAACAGAACACGAGAAGAGCAAACACGGGGUUACAAGUUUCAUGUGUGCUGAAUGUGAGUAUACAACAAGUUCCAAAAAAAGUUUGGAGACUCAUUUAAAGAGUCACUCUUUGGAGAAUAAUUUCAAUUGUAGUCACUGUAGUUACAGGAGUUCGUGUAGAAGUGAUUUACACAAACACCAAACAACACACAUGGCUGGUGAGCCUUUAAAGUGUAGCGCCUGGAAUUUCAAAUGCAAUGUUGAAUCAAACCUGCAAUGUCAUCAGAAGACGCACAACCGGAGACACCAGAGGUUACACACUGAAGAAAAGCCUUACAAAUGUAGUCAUUGCGACUACAAGUGUAGUGUUAGUUCUAUGUUACGAAAACACGAAAGGACACAUACUGGCGAGAAGCUUUUUCAGUGUAGUCACUGUGAUUACAAAUGCAGUCGGAAGUCACACUUACAAAGACAUCUAACGAUACAUACUGGGGUGAAGUCAUUUCAGUGUAGCCACUGUGAUUACAAAUGCAGUCAGAAGUCACACUUACAAAGACAUCAAACGAUACAUACUGGGGUGAAGUCAUUUCAGUGUAGCCACUGUGAUUACAAAUGCAGUCAGAAGUCACACUUACAACAACACCUAAUGAUGCAUACUGGGGUGAAGCCAUUUCAGUGUUGUCACUGUGAUUACAAAUGCAGUCGGAAGUCACACUUACAAAAACACCUGACGAUACAUACUGGGGCGAAGCCAUUUCAGUGUAGCCACUGUGAUUACAAAUGCAAUCAGAAGUUAAACUUGCAACUACACCUGAUAAUACAUACUGGGGCGAAGCCAUUUCAGUGUAGCCACUGUAAUUACAAAUGCAGUCAGAAGUCAGGCUUACAAAGACAUCUGAUGAUACAUACUGGGGCGAAGCCAUUUCAGUGUAGCCACUGUGAUUACAAAUGCAGUCGGAAGUCACACUUACUACAACACUUGACUAUACAUACUGGGGCGAAGACAUUUCAGUGUAGUCACUGUGAUUACAAAUGCAGUCGUAAGUCACACUUACAACAACACUUAUUUAAACAUACUGGGGCGAAGCCAUUUCAGUGUAGCCACUGUGAUUACAAAUGCAGUCGGAAGUCACACUUACAAAGACAUCUAACGAUACAUACUAGGGUGAAGUCAUUUCAGUGUAGCCACUGUGAUUACAAAUGCAGUCAUAAGUCACACUUACAAAGACAUCAAACGAUACAUACUGGGGUGAAGUCAUUUCAGUGUAGCCACUGUGAUUACAAAUGCAGUCAGAAGUCACACUUACAACAACACCUGAUGAUGCAUACUGGGGCGAAGCCAUUUCAGUGUGGCCACUGUGAUUAUAAAUGCACUCUGAAAUCAAACUUAAAAAGACACCGGAGGCUACACACUGGAGAGAAGCCGUAUACAUGUAGUCAUUGCGACUACAAGUGCAGUAAUAGUUCAGCCUUACGAAGUCAUGAAAGGACACAUACUGGUGAGAAGCCAUUUCAGUGUAGCCACUGUGAUUACAAAUGCAGUCAGAAAUCAUACUUACAAAAACACCUACUGAAACAUACUGGGACGAAGCAAUUUAAAUGUAGUGAUUGCGACUACAGAUGCAGAUUUAAAUCUCAUUUAAAAAGACACCAGACGAUGCAUACUAAGGCGAAGACAUAAUAUUGCGGCAUUUGCGGUUCCAUGUGUCGUGAGACUGUAGACUUGCGCAAUCACCAAAAGAUACAUUCAGGAGAGAAGCGGUACAAAUGUAGUCUUGAUCAGAAGCGCCAUAAAUAUACCCACUGCAAGUACACAAGUCGACAUAAGAAGUCGUUACAAAUCCACCUAAGGACAAGACAUUUCGUUUAAAAUCCCUAGUGUAGUUUUUUUUCCAUUUAUUUAUUAACACAAAAUAAUACAUUUAUAGAAUCAUGACAGCGAACAAAGCCCCCUGAGUUCCACAAGUGGUGAAAAAUGUGAUCCGCUAGUUACCGGUGGAGCAUGUGUCGGGUGUGGGCUGUGUGACGUGUGUGUCGUGGUUCCCUUGCACGCGCGUGCACGAUGUGUUCCCGGUGUCGUGCCGGCGUGUGUCGCGCAGGACGAGCGAGUGCCGUGUGUCGCGGCGAGAGGCUGCUCGCUAGCCGA